ACGGUGUAUAUAUACUCUAAUAAUUAGAUCAGUAUUGCAAAAUGACAAGAGUCUUUUCUGAGGUCUGUUCUUGUUUUAACUGAAAGAUGUGGUCAAUAUCCACUACUAUUAUUCUUAUAUUACUGACGACAAUUUCAAAGCUGUCAUUUGGUAAGUCAUGUGAAGAAAGACUCAAUAAUCUUGAAGGAGUUUUAAAGGAGCUCAUUUCAAGAAACGAAAAAAGCGUUGUUCUAGGUGACCUGGUAAAGAGCAUCGUAGAAUCUACCGUUACACAGCAGUUGGAGGCAAGAUGGCAGCGCUUGGAAUACAUCAUGAAAAGAAAGCUGGAGGAUUAUGGGAUAUCUCUAGAGGAAAGAUUGGAGAGUACGCAGGACAUUCUGGGAGCACGACUAAAGCGACUGGAAGAUAUAUUGGAGGGAAAAUCAAAUACCGGGAUCCAAAACAAACUGAAGCUUUUUGAAAAGCAGAAAACUAUAAAUGAGAAACUGGAUGCUAGGACAACCGAAUUAGAUACGAACAGUAGGUCAAAAAUCGUGUUUAAAGAUGUAGAAGAAAAUCAGAAAUUUACAGCUUCACAAAUAAACCUAAACCUAUCAAAAACAAAUAUGUUGCAGAAAGGGUUUGGGAAUAAGGAAAUAGAUUCCAAACAAUUUUCUUCACAAGAUGCGUUGACAAAAUCAGACAGUCACUUCGGGGAAAGGUUUGCAAAUAAAACCGAGAAGACAAAUUCACCCGGGAUUAAAACUCAAAAUGGAGAAAAAUCACUGGGAAUAUUAGUACCAAAGCGAGAUUUGAGCGGAAUGCACCCCACAAAACUCCCUACGAAUCCCCCCGUUCCUGUUCAUGAGAUAGCGGCAUUUUCUGCCUAUAUUUCCGUAUAUGAAACCCGGCUGACAGAGGCCGUAACUCUAAAGUUCGACAGAAUUGUCACAAACAUUGGAAAUCAUUACAACCCAUACUCUGGAACAUUCAUCGUCCCACAACAUGGCGUCUAUGUUUUUACGUGGGGCCUCUACUGCCAUACAGAGGGACAUAUAUUUUCCCAGUUAGUGGUGAACUCAAAUUCUGUGGGAGCCACGUAUACGUCAAGCGAGGGGUCCAGAAACAUUCGCAUUACGACAGGGAUGGUAGUGGUGGAAGUCAACGUAGGUGACGUAGUGUUCGUCCGUACCCAUCCUACACGACCCAACGCAGGAAGUCUCUAUAGCGGAGUUGAUUUCCGGUCAACAUUUAGUGGAUGGAAAUUAUACUAAUAAAGCAGUUUUUAAAGGCCUUAA